AUGAGUCCCAAGCCAGCGCUGCGAACUAUGCAGACCAUCAAUAUCGUGAGAUUCACACUACAGUCCGACUCGAGCUGCAUGCCAUCAUGUGACGUUUCUGUUCGCAGCUCUGGGAUCCCAGGUACUCCAACGACCGCUGCCGCAUGCGUUUUUGGUAUCGUGGAGCUCCUCGAGAUCAUCCUCGCCAAUUUCGAGUUGCUAGAACUGCACAUCCUUCAGGGCGUCGACCCGUCAUUUCGCCAAACGAUCCGCACAUCUCCGGUCCUAAGACGCAUCGCUCUGGGUGACGACGACAAUCGCAUUGGGAGACACCACAGGUUACUCACCAUCAUUGUCGGCGCGACCUUCACUGUCUGCGACAAGGGCUCUAGAUUGCGCAACUCGGGUGUGUCUAGCUCGGGUAUGAAGGUUCGCGCAAUGAUAACACUUGUAUGCGAAGGAAGCCGGCGGGUGGACGGCUUUUGGAGGGAGAUUCUGCUCCACGCGAUCGACUUCGAUUAUGACUGUUUUGUUGGUCGUCAGGAUUCUGCCGGUCCCUUCAUGUUGAUGCUCGGUCCGAGGGCUACGCUUGGGGAUCUAGUCGAUGCAGUAUUAUAG